GAAUUCCAGAGGCGUAGGAUCUUCCCAGAAAGAUGAAGAUCGUGUUGCUAGCAUUGGUCUUGUCUUGCAUUGCGAUCUCGGGUCUUGCGGAAGAAAAGAAGCGCAAUGCUGACACUGCAACGCCAGUUGCUCGCAAAUUGCUAACUGACGGCGGAUAUUACAGUGACUCCCCAAAAUCAGCUGAGGCGCCCAAGCCGAAACCAAUGCCAAAACCAGAUGCGAAUCCAAAGCCAAAACCGAAGCCCAAGCCCAAGCCAAAUCCACAAGAUCAACCAGAACCAAAGCCAGGUUGCGACGAAUCAUCUCCAAAGGAGCCCGAGCCGUAUAUGCCAAUGCCGGAUAUGCCCAUGCCGGAUAUGCCAAUGCCGGCAAUGCCCAUGCCCAUGCCCAUGCCCAUGCCCGAUCCCUUUACCUCGUAUAGUACGCCCGGUACUUCAGACGACCCUACGCCGUCUUCCCCUUGAAAAUUAUACGAGUUUAAUGUAAUACCUUUAUUUGAAUAAGAAAAAGUGUUGCGAAUUGUUUCUAGGGUU